CCACAAAACAAAAACACAAACAACAAAUAAAUAGAGUUCAUUUUUUUUCAUCUUCCAUUACCUUAGCAAGUUUGUCUUUGAGUGAAACAAAUCUUUCUUCACUCUUCACAUUAACCAUUUUUCUCUCACUUCAUUCUAUCCUCUCUCUCUCUCUGUUACAUCUCUUUCUUCCAUCAUGUCAUUGCAAGUCAAGUUAUUUUCUUGGUCCCCAGAGUAAAAAUCUGUGAUUUUUUACACUUUUUCUUGAAGGGUAUUUUAAUUUCUCAAAGGAAGUAAAUAAACAUCCUUUGUUGUUUUUGUAUUGGUUACAGUUGUCUGCAUUUCUGUUUGUCUUUUUGUAUUUUCUUGUGCUGCUUUUUUUUUUCUACCCUUUUGUGUUUUCAUUUUCGUUCUGAAAGAUGAGGAAGAAUGGAUGGAGGUUACCUUAUCAUCCUCUGCAGGUGGUGGCUAUUGCUGUUUUUUUAGCUCUCGGGUUUGCCUUCUAUGUGUUCUUUGCUCCUUUUGUUGGGAAGAAGGUUUAUCAGUAUAUUGUUACAGGACUCUACACACCUCUGAUUGCUAGUGUCUUUGGACUAUACAUUUGGUGUGCGGCAGCCGAUCCAGCCGAUCCAGGGGUUUUUAAGUCCAAAAAGUAUCUUAAAAUUCCUGACAGCAAAAAGCUUAGCGGGUUCAAGGAUUCUAAACGAGGAGGGGAAUCAAAUUCAUCCGUGCACGAUGGAAAUGCUUCAACAAUUGGACCAAAGUCUGUGGAUAAGGAGGCGUUUGGAACCGAAGCAAGUUUUAAAGAUGCUUCAAUUUCAAAAGAGAAGAAAAGUGCAUCGCCCCCUUCGCCAUCUUGUUUUCUAUGGCUUUUCUCUCCUUGCGCUUACGUAUGCAGCUGCUCUAGUUCACAUGAUAACUCUUCUGAUCAACUAGCUAGUGAAGACGGCAUGUUCUACUGCAGUUUGUGUGAAGUUGAGGUCUUCAAGUACAGCAAGCACUGUAGAGUUUGUGACAAGUGCGUUGAUAGCUUUGAUCAUCAUUGCAGAUGGCUUAACAAUUGCAUUGGGAAAAAGAACUACCGAAAUUUUUUCACCCUUAUGGUUGCGGCUCUUCUCUUGCUUAUUCUUCAAUGGUUGACUGGGAUAGUUGUGCUUAUCUGCUGUUUUCUCAAGAGGAAGGAAUUUUCUGUUGACGUGUCCUCCAAGUUGGGAAGCAGUUUCUCUCUCGUUCCUUUCGUUAUUGUAGUGGCAUUUUGCACCAUUUUGGCUAUGAUUGCUACGUUACCCCUUGUUCAGCUUUUCUUCUUUCAUAUUCUUCUCAUUAAAAAGGGAAUCAGCACGUAUGAUUACAUCAUAGCUUUGAGGGAGCAGGAUCAACAAGGAGUUGGAGGUCAGCAGAGUCCUCAAAUGUCACCUGUUAGCUCGAUUACCGGACUAAGCAGUGCAAGCUCCUUUUCUACUUUUCAUCGCGGUCAAUGGUGCACGCCCCCGCGCAUGUUUAUUGAUGAUCAGUUUGAUGUAGUGCCACCCGAAACAGCUUCUGUAAGUUCUCUAGGAAAGAAGUCAAUUCGAGAAGAACCGGUAAAGAAAAAGAAUCCCGCAGCAGUCAAAAUUAGUCCGUGGACAUUGGCACGGUUAAAUGCAGAAGAGGUUUCAAGGGCCGCCGCAGAAGCAAGAAAAAAAUCGAAAAUUCUGCAGCCUGUAGUGAGACAUAACAACGAGCCAUUCAGGCUAGAAGCAGAUCAUACCUCCGGAAGCAGCGGAAGGCGAAUGGCCCCAAGGAGGCCAGGUAAGCGCAUUCGCUUACCCGCCGAUUUACCUAUGGAAGCCUUAACAAAAUAUUCCGCCGGUAAUAUCGACAAAAGCUUCAACAGAAUGUCAAGUCUAGCACCUCUCCAGCUCGAAGCGCGGACAACUCAAGUCCUCUCAAGCUCAAGCGGCAUUGCUGCGUCUUCUCCGGAAAGCAGUUUGGACUCACCAGAUAUCCAUCCGUUUUGCGCGCCUCCGGCGGAAGGCGAACCAACAAGACGGCUCGGAAGUCUUUCGGUCGGCGGUUCAGCGACAGCGAAAGGAUUUCCGUUUUCAAGAUCAGCUAGCGAUGGAUACGAUGCUUCUGGCGGGGAAGACAGCGACAGGGUCCCAACGAGGAUUGUUGAUAGAUCAACAACAAAUUGGAGUAAUCUUCUUUUCAAUGCAGAUCAAGAUGAAAGAGGUUUUGAAACAAAAUCAUCAACUAGCUUUGUUCAUAAUAGAAAGUUGUGACCAAAUUGAUCUAUUGUUGGGAAUUGUUCAUUCUUUGAUUUGUGAGUCCAAAAGAAGUUGCUUCCAACUUAAAAGUACUUCAACAUUCCUUAACCUAUGUACAGAGUUUUAGGUCACAUUAACUAUGAAGAUAUGUUGUUUUGUGCACUUUAUUUUCUUUGAUCAAAUUUUAAUCAGAGACCUUAUGUUA